CAGCGACAGUAAAAUUAGAUGCUCGUCAGAUUGAAGUGUCAAGUCGACCAAGAGGACUGUCUGAACUCACAUACCAAGAAAUCUGUCAUUGCUGUUUCUAAACUUCUUUGUCGACGAACGAAACAAGAACGUUGAGAAACUCGCAUAUCUACGCAUGACGCAACUCUAGCUUUCGGCAGACGACUGAUGCGUAACUAACCAUGAUAAAGACUGACGACUUCCGAGUUUAUAUGUACAUCAACAGAGGCGAAGAUGAUUCAGGGGAUCACCCCGUGUACUGGAAACAUGACGGACAGCGCUUCGCCUACAACAAAACUGUCAAACUUAACACGGAUACAAAAUAUACGGUGAAAUUUGUGUUGCAGCCAGCAUUAUAUCCAUUAUCUCUGUCCAUUGGAGGCAACGAGUUGAAAUUGGAAAAAAAGAAAGAAGUAGCAAUUGUUAAUGAUUAUAUUGCCAAAUUUAAUACAAUUGAUAUGCCAGUAACAGAAAAAGGAUCAAGGAAAGAACUACAAAUAAUUAUGCAUAUUGAAGACAAAGGCGUAUUUAAUGGAUGCAUCCAGACUAAGAUAUACAAGACAACUGACAAACGACAUGCAAGAUGGGGAGAAGAAUUACACCAUAUAGAAUGGGAGUGCAUGCCAAAUGAAGAAAAAGCUGGAUUUGUGACUGUGACCAAAGAAAGCUUCCGAUGACAUUAUCUACAGUUAAACUAGCACGUGGGAACAGAUGUGAUCUUUGAAAUGUUUACUGAAUCACCCAGCUACAAACUUUAUUUAAUUUCUCAAUAUUACACAC